AAAUAAUAAAAAAUGUAGGUUGCGAACGUAUCUAUUGAGGCAGGCGUGAAUAACAUAACAAGAUUAGAGAGUUUAAUAAAAGACCAAAACAUAACGGAUGAGAAACUGCGAAAGGAAAUAAGCAAGCUGAUGCUAAAGAAAAUGAAUCUGCAAACAGAUUUCGACAAUGCAAUCGCCGAGAUAGAAAAACUGGAAAAAGAAAUCUCCGAAAAAGGGAAGAAGAUAAGAAACAUCAAGUACGAGCUUAACAGAACAAAAGAGGACAACGUCAAAUAUAAACAUGAGAAGGAUUUGAUAGACAAACGAUUGUUGAAAACGGAAUCUGAACAAUCCAAACUGAAGCGUGAAUUAAAGCAAACUUUGAUUAAUGUCAAGAAUGUUGAACAAGAUGCUCAAACCUGUCGCAAGGAACAACUCGAGGACAAACAACGUAUCAAAAAUCUAUUACGAGAAAAAAAUAAAAUUAUUCUUAGCAAGGAGACCGCAUAUGAGCGAAUCAAGCGAAUAGAUCACGAAUUAGUAUUAUGUAGAUAUGGCAAAAAAAAGAUGGAACAUGAACUGGAUAAACUGACACAAACCAUCGACGGCAUGAAAACACAAAUGGAAGUUGUAGAGAAACAAAGGGAUAGAUUUAGCACAGCACUACAAGAAUUAGAACAGAAGUUGGCGAGACAAAUAGACGAAACUAAACAAAAAGAAAUGGAGGUAUUAGAUUACAUGAAGCGCUUGGAUGAUGUCGAAAUCAAGUACCGUCAACAGCAAAGUCUAACCGAAGCUGUCCGUGCGGAACGGAAUCUGUGCAAUAGAAGUUUGAUGGAGACGCAGGAGGAGGUGCAAGAUUUAAAGAGCAAACUGAAAAUUACAAGCCAGCAGACUGAACAAUUGAAAGAAGACAUUGCGAUAAAGGAAGCCAAUCUUGUCAAAAAGGAAUUCCUGUUAAGGAAAGUUGAGAAAGAGAAAGAGGACCUUAAGAAUGAUUUGCAAGCUUCCCGUACCGAAAUAAGCAACUUACGACAACAAAUCGAAGAAAUAAAAAAGGAAGAAAAGAGCCUCAGACAAACCAUACAUCAGGCAGAUUUAGAAAUCGUACGUCAGAAAAAAGAUAUUGAUAACAUUAUGAAUGAGCGCGACAUACUCGGUACACAAUUGGUCCGAAGAAAUGAUGAACUGAGUCUGCAAUACAGCAGGAUGAAGGUUUGA